AUGGCAGCCUCAUCUAACCAACAGUUCAUGUUCCCGCCCAUGGCACAAGCCACGGCGCCGAGCACGGACCGUCUUGCUCCUGGAGCAAACCCUCGUCUCCCGCGAACCUCGUUGGCAGACACAGCGUCCUCACCAAACACAUCACCAUCCGCGGCCGCAAGAGUCCAGCGCCCACUCAUUCCCAGGUUGAACACCUUUCCGGGCCAGGGCUACAACAUGACCAACGUUGUUGGCGUCAACGGCGCUGGCCCUCAGAUGGGCCAGUACUACGCGGCCGGGGCCCCUUCGCAGCAACCCCAGCCGCAGAUGGAUGCAUCGGGCCACUCCUUCGUGGGCCCUACAGGCCACGAACCGGGGGUGACACCCUCAUCCAUCGCACCCACCGACGUUGGCAACAUGUCGUUUCAGCCUGGGCCCCAGCUCGGCGCGUACGCACAACAGCAGCCAUACGUAGGGCAGGAGUACCAGCAUCAACUCCAGCAGCAACAAUAUCUAGGCCAGCAGCAGUUCGUCCAACACCUGGGCCACAUGGGGUCAUUCCCGUCAAAGGCCGAUCCUUCCUCGAAUGCAGCGACUGCAACGUGGAAGUCGGGAUACGGCAUGGCUCCGCCACAGGGAGACGGCUUCGUUGCAGCCUAUGAGUACGACCAGUCCACAGGCAUGCCCCGGAUGCCUUGGGCCCAACAGCAGCAGGGAAUGUUCCCACCAACAGAGGUUUUCAGUCGCAUGCCGGCUCACCCACCACCCCCACAACAGCAUGCUCAGGUCGCCGGCGGUCCACCUGGUCCAUCGUACGCCCCCAUGGUGCCACAACAAUCCGUUUCCCCACCGAGAUCACCCAAGGCUGCUCCAAAGAAGCCGCCACGCCCGCCAAACGCGUGGAUCAUCUAUCGCUCAGAGACCCUGGCGAAGAUGUCGAAAGGAGAGAGGAUACCUCUUCUUGAGCAGGUCCUGCUCGAGUCCUACGGCCCGUCCAAGUUCCCUGCCCAGACGUGGCCGGCGCAAGGCGAGAGCACCGAGGAGGAUGACGGCACUGGCGCCAACACGGGACCCAAGAGCUUCCGCAAGGGCAAGAAAGGUGGCAAGGACAUCAACUGGUACAUGUGGAUGCUUGGCCUCAUCCGCUCGCCUGACGGCGGGAUGCCGCAGUCCGAUGUCAGCCGGAUCAUCAGCAACAUCUGGAAGCACGAGCCAGAAGAACGCCGUCAGCACUAUGACAAGUUGAGCCAGGCGAGGAAACUCGAGCAUCUCCAAAAGUAUCCCGGCUACAAGUUCCAGCCUCAGAAGCGCGAGGACAAGCUCCGCGAAAAGCAGGAGAAGCUCAAGGAGAAGGAGGCGCGGCGGCAGGAGAAGGAGGACCGCGUUCACCGCAACUCGCUUAAGCGGCGGAAGCAGAGGAGAUCGCCAUCUGCCGAGCUGAGCGACUACCAUCCGUAUCAUGUCCCCGGCCAUGCCCCAAGUCACAAGCGCAACUCGCACGGUCCAGUCCACGAGCUGGAGCAUCUCGAGGUGCCGUUCGAUACUUUCCGCGUGCCCCCUGGCGCCCUCGACUCGACGACGUUCCCCCCCAACAUCGGGCGAGACGGGGUGCUCAGCGCCUCGCCAUCAGCGCAGACAUCCCAACAGGCGUCAACAAACGGAGCCCUCACCGGCCAGGGGCGUUCUCCCAACGAGACGCCUCCUGCUGUGGAAGUUUCAAGCCGGGUCCCCGUCGGAACGCGGCCCGUCGCGUGGAUGGACGUGCCUCCUGUGGCGCCGCCAGCGCCUCAGCAGACCAACCUCUUCGCUGAUCUGACGUCCAACUAUCAGCCCGACAUGGGGACUGAGAGUCAGUACUACUUCCAACCACUAACUGGCUCGAUCCCUAUCGACUUCAUGAACAGCGCCUUCGACGAGACUGCCGACGACGAGCUCGACAACCUCGUCAAGGGAUGGGCCGAGAACGCGAGCAACGUCAACGUUGACCCCACCGGAUUCACUUGGGACAACCACGAGGCGGCGAACCCAAUGCCGACAGAGUAUGGCAGUGGGCAGAUCAUGGACGCGAUCAAGCAAGAUUGGAAUAGCUUCUUCGGGGGCGACAACGCAGGUGGCGCUGGCCCCAACACUUUCCAGAUGGGUGACUUGGGCGCUGGCAUGACGUUCCCCUUUGGUACCAACAUGAACCUCCCUCCUGGUCCGCCGCUCGCGGGUGCGCUCCCGCUGUCGCCCGUCGACAGGCAGCAGCAGAGCGAGCCGCUCCCGGAGGCCAAGAUUCCAGACUGGGUUGUGGGCUCUAGACCCACCGCGUCCGGUGGCCACAGCGGCCUGCCGUCGCCUUUCAACACUGGCGCCGCACCGUCUUUCACCCUGAGCGUCGACCCGUCGUCAAUGGGCUGGACCACGGGUGGCGACCUCGUCUUCGACGACCCCUCCAGCUCGGCGCCAAUGGGCGGCGCGCCGAUGCAGGCUCAGGGCUCGAUGAUGACCCAGCAGUCGCCCCAGGCCCAGGGCCAUUUGAGCCGCAAUCCGUCUGGGCCGAGUGCGACUGGGUACGGGCAGACGUAA